UUUUUAACUUAAUGGAAAAUAGAGUUUAAGAGAGCGGAUACAUUAGUAAGUAAAAUAGUAAUAGUCGAUACUUACUAGUGUCAUUUGUAUUGUAAGUAUGGAAAAUAAAGGCGAUGGAAUGCAAAAUAAUUUAAUUUUCAGGUUAGUGCGAAAAUAGUCAAAUUGAUAAUUACUACUUAAUUAUGUAAAGUUUUCUUGCAGUCUUGCAUAAAAAAAAUCUGUAGUUUCUAAAUAAGAAAUAUUAUUUUUGAGUCGAUGGAAAGCUUUCCUUUGGCAUUGCUGAAUGAUCUUUCUUUGAGUAUGGAGGGAAAAAUAUUCCUCGGCAUGAUUUAUUCCGAAACCCUGCGCAAAUGUAGCUCUUGUCCACGUUUGUGGUCACACUCUUUCAGCAGCCAAACUGUGACCGAGUCUGAAACUAUCAAGCUUGAUAAUGCCAUACCGGUAGAAUGAGAUGCAGUUGAGUAGGCACCAUAUGUUUUAUCUCAAAAAUAACCUGACCCUCUCACCCUCUCCGGUUCCCAUAAUCACACAUGUUAUAAACACCACUAAAUAUGAGCGUCACCAAUGUCGGCGAUUCUAUAGGCACCAUCAACCCUUAUCUUCUGGUCACUCAAAAAACUUGACAGAAGCAGAAAUACUGCAUGCUAAUUUUAUCAAGACUGGCUCUCUUCAUAAUGUGGGUACCCUUAACCAUCUUUUGAACCUCUACGCAAAGAAAUGUCUGAAUUUGCAUCACGCCCACAAGUUGUUCGAUGAAAUUCUUAAUAGAGACGUACGCUCGUGGACUGUUCUGAUAUCAGGUUUUGCUCAAUGUGAGAAGUAUGAAAUGGUAUUUGAUGCAUUUAGAAGAAUGCAAAAGGAAGGUAUUUGUCCUAAUCAAUUCACCUUAUCAAGCGUUUUGAAGUGUUGCUCUAGUUUGUUUGAACUAAGAAAUGGGAAAGGGAUUCAUGGGUGGAUAUUGACAAAUGGGAUUGGAUUAGAUGUUGUUUUGGAGAAUUCAAUUCUUGAUCUUUAUGUUAAAUGUGGUGCUUUGGAUUACGCGGAAAGAUUGUUUGAGUCAAUGGAGGGCAAAGACACAGUGUCUUGGAAUAUAAUGAUUGGUGGAUAUCUGCAUAUUGGAAAUGUGGAAGGAGCACUUGGUUUGUUUCAAAGUUUGUACUUUAAAGAUGUAACGAGUUGGAACAAUAUCGUAGAUGGACUAAUGAGAAAUGGAUGCGAAGUAAAAGCACUGGGAUUCAUUUAUAAGAUGGUGGAAAGUGGACCUGUGUUCAAUGAAGUUACUUUUUCUAUAGCUUUGAAUUUGGCUUCCUGUUUAUCGCUUUUGGGACUGGGCAAACAGAUUCAUGGCCGGGUUCUAAGACUUGUACUUCACAGCAAUGGUUUCAUUAGGAAUUCACUUCUAGAUAUGUAUUGCAAAUGUGGGAAAAUGGAUGAGGCGUCCAUCAUAUUUAGGAAAAUGCCUGUGGAGAUUUCUUGUGAUGAUUCAUUGGCAGACAUUGUCUCAUGGAGCUCAAUGGUUUCUGGAUAUGUUAGGAAUGGCAAUUAUGAACUUGCUUUACAAACAUUUAGAUUUAUGGUUAAUGAAUAUUUUGUGGUGGACAAGUUUACACUGACAAGCAUUAUCUCUGCUUGCGCAAAUAGUGGGAUGUUGGAACUAGGAAGACAGAUCCAUGCCCACAUUCAGAAAGUUGGGCACAAAAUCGAUGCUCAUUUAGGUUCCUCAUUAGUUGAUAUGUAUGCUAAAUGUGGAAGCUUGAGUGAUGCUAUGAAGAUUUUUAAACAAAACAAUAAUUUGAAUGUUGUACUAUGGACAUCAAUGAUAUCCGGUUUAGCUUUGCAUGGACAGGCAAGGGAGGCUGUUCAACUCUUUGAAUGCAUGAUGAAUGAGGGAAUUACACCAAAUGAGAUUACAUUUAUUGGCAUUUUAACUGCUUGUAACCAUGCAGGGUUGCUUGAAGAAGGGUGCAAGUACUUUGAGUUGAUGCAAAAAGCUUAUGGUAUCAAGCCUGGUGCUGAACACUAUGUAUGUAUGGUAGAUCUUUAUGGUCGAGCUGGUCACUUGAAUGAGGCAAAGAAUUUCAUUCAAGAAAAUAGCAUCUCCGACCAAAGUGCAGUUUGGAAGUCAUUUCUAUCCUCUUGCAGACUACACAAAAAUUUUGAGAUGGGAAAGUGGGUGUCUGAAAGAUUACUUCAACUUGAACAAUCUGAUGCAGGUUCUUAUGUUUUGUUAUCAAAUAUUUAUGCUACAGGUCAUAGAUGGGAAGACGCAGCUGUUAUUAGGAGUUUAAUGCAGCAGAAAAGAGUUAACAAACUCCCAGGACAGUCUUGGAUGCUACUGAAGAAUCAGGUCCAUACUUUUGUCAUGGGAGAUAGGUCUCAUCCACAAGUCACUGAGAUAUAUUCCUACUUAGAAAAGCUCAUUGGAAGAUUGAAAGAAAUUGGGUACUCAUCUGAUGUGAAACCUAUAAUGCAAGAUGUGGAAGAAGAGCAGAGCGAAAUUCUUCUUGGUUUCCAUAGCGAGAAACUAGCACUUGCUUAUGCUUUUAUGCGGACAUCAUCUGAAAUGCCGAUUCGUAUAAUGAAGAACCUUCGUAUCUGCUCUGAUUGUCAUAAUUUUAUCAAGUAUACUUCUCAGCUUUCAGUUAGAGAAAUAAUCGUGAGAGAUCUUUGCCGGUUUCAUCAUUUCAAGAAUGGACAUUGUUCUUGUGGAGAUUACUGGUGAACAAAGAGCUUCUUAUGGUUGUGAUCUCGUAGGUCAAUAUGAGCCAUAGGUCAUUGUGAUGCUCUUACUUGCUACAAUUAAUAUCCUUAUUACCCAGCAACUAAUUAUGACUGAGGCUGGCAUGGUAAUUCAACGGAGAAGCAAUUGGAAUUACAUGAUGUCUUGACCAAGUCCAAGCUUCUUGGUUAUGUCUUGCUGACUUUGACACCCUCAUCCCAAAGCAUAAUGCAGAAUGAUGAUGACAGAGAAUAAGAAUGUGGGCUUGAAACGGUUAAUCAUGUGGAUGUAAAUGUAAUGCAUCUCUGGUUUACAACGAUUAUGGAUUAGCAACAGAGUACUAGACACUGAGGGGAGUAGUUGAGAGCUUUACCACAAAUGUAAGAAUUUCCUGAAUCCUGACUCAAUAAGCUUUGCUGUACAGUUGUUUUUCUUCAUAAGGUAAAUAUCUGUUACUUGAGUAGGCCUGAAUUUUUCCCAGGUGGAAAAGGAAAGAAAAGAAAAAGUCUUGAUCUUCAUUCUUUUAUUAGAAUUGAAGGAAAAUAAAGAGCAAAUAGAAUAGAAAAUAUAAAGUGAUUUCAGAGAUACAAUUUCUUCUUGCUUUUCUGAUCAUGUUGACCUAAUUUUCUUUCUCUGAUAAUUACAGGUUAAUAUCUGAGUCAGACUGCCUCAGCUGAGAUUUUGUUCUAUAAGCUUAUUAAAGCAUGAUUACUGCCAAAGAUGUAGCUAGUGCGGACUAUUUACAACAUAUAAUUUAUAUAUUUGACACAAAUAGAUCGACACUUGUAUUAACAAUAAUUCCAAAUAAUUUUAAAUGUUUUGUUUGAAAAUUA